AUGACUUCUCCAAACGGGUAUGGAACAAUCAACGGGAACUCGUCGCCCGACGACCCAACACAACACUCUCGCAAUGAACAGAGUCCGUUGCUUGCAAAACCCAAGAGCUCUCGACGUUCAACUCGAUUGUCCAAAUAUCUAAAGCAAGACAUUGACAGAAGUUGGGCAGACCUCAUUUUACUUCUGUCAUACGUCAUCACCGGGCUGCUGGACAGCUCGGCCGUUUUCAUAUGGGGUUCAUUCGUGAGCAUGCAGACAGGAAAUACUGUCUAUCUGGGACUGGGUCUGGUUGCGCCCACUGAGGGAACAAGGUGGAUUCGAUCUGGCACCUCAAUCGCAUUCUUCUGCUUCGGUUCACUGGUCUUCAGUCGAUUUCAUCGGUACUUUUCGCCGAAGCGCCGCUGGGUCUUGCUUGCAUCUUUUUCAGCUCAAUUGGUCUUGGUCAUUGCGGCUGCUGUCAUUGUACUUGUUGACACAGAGGAAGGAGGUGAUCUUCGAUGGGAGGUGCUAGUCCCUCUUGCCCUGGUAGCAUUUCAAAGCAGUGGACAAGCGGUCACCAGCCGUGCUCUACAGUACAACAGCCUCACCAGUGUCGUGCUCACAAGCAUUUACUGUGACCUGUUCUCCGACCCCUUGAUCUUGGCUGGACUCACCCAAAAUGAUGAAAGGAACCGGAGAGCUGCAGCACCGGUAUUACUCUUGCUAGGAGCAGUGAUUGGUGGUCUGUGGGCUCAUAGUUCGGUUGGGCUUGCGGGCGCACUCUGGACAGCGGCCACUUUGAAGAUUGUCAUCAUUUUCACGUGGUGCUUCUGGAAGGCCGAGCCAAAUCUGGACAACGACAACGAGGACUAA